AUGACCAUACAUAGGCCUAUAACAAAAACGUAUUAUUUUGUUACUGUUAUUAGUUUACUAACUGCUAUAAGCAACGUUACAUACUCUCCCUUGCGAAGCGGAACAACGGAGAAAAGUUUAGCCCUCCCCACACAUCCACCCCACACAUCCUCCCCACACAUCCUCCCCACACAUCCUCCCCACACAUCCUCUCCACACAUCCUCCCCACACAUCCUCCCCACACAUCCUCCCCACACAUCCUCCCCACACAUCCUCCCCACACAUCCUCCCCACACAUCCACCCCACACAUCCUCCCCACACAUCCUCUCCACACAUCCUCCCCACACAUCCUCUCCACACAUCCUCCCCACACAUCCACCCCACACAUCCUCCCCACACAUCCUUCCCACACAUCCUCCCCACACAUCCUCCCCACACAUCCUCCCCACACAUCCUCCCCACACAUCCUCCCCACAUAUCCUCUCCACACAUCCUCCCCACACAUCCACCCCACACAUCCUCCCCACACAUCCACCCCACACAUCCUCCCCACACAUCCUCCCCACACAUCCUCCCCACACAUCCUCUCCACACAUCCUCCCCACACAUCCUCCCCACACAUUCUUCCCACACAUUCUCCCCACACAUCCUCUCCACACAUCCUCCCCGCACAUCCUCCCCACACAUCCACCCCACAUAUACUCCCCACACAUCCUCUCCACACAUCCUCCCCACACAUCCUCCCCACACAUCCACCCCACACAUCCUCUCCACACAUCCUCUCCACACAUCCUCUCCACACAUCCUCUCCACACAUCCUCCCCACACAUCCUCCCCACACAUCCACCCCACACAUCCUCCCCACACAUCCACCCACAUAUACUCCCCACACAUCCUCUCCACACAUCCUCCCCACACAUCCUCCCCACACAUCCACCCCACACAUCCUCCCCACACAUCCACCCACAUAUACUCCCCACACAUCCUCUCCACACAUCCUCCCCACACAUCCUCCCCACAUAUACUCCCCACACAUGCACCUAAACAUUGA